UGACAACGGGACGCUCCGGAUAGCGCGGGGGACAGCGGCCGUUUGGCUCAGGCCCUAGGGGAAAUCGUGUCAUGUCGCGACAGAAGAAUCAGAAUUACAAGGGCCAUGGAGUGUCAAAGGGAAAAGAGCGAGAGCAGCGAGCAUCGAUCCGGUUCAAGACCACUCUUAUGAACACUCUCAUGGACGUCCUUCGCCACAGGCCAGGAUGGGUGGAAGUGAAGGAUGAAGGGGAGUGGGAUUUCUACUGGUGCGACGUCAGCUGGCUCCGGGAGAACUUCGACCACACCUACAUGGACGAGCACGUGCGAAUCAGUCACUUCCGAAACCACUACGAGCUGACCCGUAAGAACUACAUGGUAAAGAAUCUGAAGCGGUUCCGGAAACAGCUGGAGCGUGAGGCGGGAAAGCUGGAGGCAGCCAAGUGCGACUUCUUCCCCAAAACCUUCGAGAUACCCUGCGAGUACCACCUGUUUGUGGAGGAGUUCCGCAAACACCCGGGCAUCACCUGGAUCAUGAAGCCCGUAGCCCGAUCUCAGGGGAAGGGCAUCUUCCUCUUCCGGAGGCUGAAGGACAUCAUGGACUGGAGGAAGGGCACUGCUGGGAAGAAGCUCACCAGCUUGGAGGCCCAGCCUGCCCGGAGUGCCGUCAAUCCCUCUGGCAGCCACGACACAAAGAACUCUGAUGACCAGAAAGACGAGAUUCCCGUGGAGAACUACGUAGCUCAACGUUACAUCGAAAAUCCCUACCUGAUAGGAGGCCGCAAGUUUGACCUGCGUGUCUACGUGCUGGUGAUGUCGUACAUCCCGCUGCGGGCCUGGCUGUACCGGGACGGCUUCGCCAGAUUCUCCAACACCCGCUUCACGCUGAACAGCAUUGAUGACCAGUAUGUUCAUCUCACCAAUGUCGCUGUGCAAAAGACAUCUCCCGACUACCACCCAGAAAAGGCCGGGCUCCAGGUAGCUGAGGUCCCCAUCCUACACCCCGGCUGCACACGGCCCCAGGGUUGUAAGUGGAUGCUUCAGCGCUUUCGGCAGUACCUGGCGUCCAAGCACGGGCCCGAGGCAGUGGAGAUGCUCUUUAGCGACAUGGACAACAUCUUCGUCAAGAGCCUGCAGAGCGUGCAGAAGGUGAUCAUCAGCGACAAGCACUGCUUCGAGCUGUAUGGCUAUGACAUCCUCAUCGACCAGGACCUCAAGCCGUGGCUUCUGGAGGUCAAUGCGUCCCCGUCGCUGACGGCCAGCAGCCAGGAGGACUAUGAGCUCAAGACCUGCCUCCUGGAAGACACGCUGCAUGUUGUGGACAUGGAGGCCAGGCUCACGGGAAGGGAGAAGCGAGUUGGGGGCUUUGACCUCAUGUGGAACGAUGGCCCUGUCAGCAGAGAGGAGGGAGCCCUUGACCUGUCAGGGAUGGGAAACUUUGUGACCAACACACACCUCGGUUGUGUCAAUGAUCGGAAGAAACAGCUGAGGCAGCUGUUCCGCUCCCUGCAAGCCCAGAAGAAAGCUUCCAGCUAAUCCUCAGCCGGGAGGAAAGCAACCCUGGGAGGUGGCACACCGGUUUUCUCCCCAGCUCUCAAUUUCCGGCACAGGGAACCUCACAGCAUUUGCCUCCCUCCCUCCGGCCUGGCGGCAGCUUUGCUGGCUCAGCAGCUGCUGCUGGCCUUCUGGACUGGGCCCUUUCUCUCCCCUACCCUAAGCAUCUUUGCUCUAAGAGAUGGCCAAUCCCUGGGGCUGGAUGUGUUUUAACCUUGACAGACUGGCUUGGUGAUCAGGCCCAAAGGGGACAAGUGCAGCACGUUCUGUUACUACAGAGAGAUCAUGUCUAACAAAUGAGCACAGGCCUUACUUGGCGAGUCUCUGGGUGCCGGGCCUAGCCCAGGGGAUGCUGUUGGCAGCAGCCCAUUCCUGACUCUUGACAAUGAUGAUUCUUGGGUCAAUGCUGAAAAGGUCCUUUGGAAACAAGAGUUCUGGGGUUAGGGAACUUUCUUGAAGCUGUUAUUUGCAAAGCAAGCAGUUAUUAGAUUGUGUUUACUGGGAAUCAGGGGAGAGGCUGAGCCUUAAAAACACCCACCCUCCUUGCGGUACCAUAACCUUGCAUGUCCCAGGAUCCCAUGGGCUUCUCCAACCAGCAUCUGAAAACCAGCAUCCCCCUUUCUCCUGAAGGUAAGGAUCAGGAAGACAGCUGCCUGGGGAUGGUUCUGGCAAAGGCACUUUUAUCUAAGUUGGCUGGGUGAUUUAAACAAAUCUGGGUCUCCCUGGGCCUUUCUGUUUGAGGUUAGGAGCUCAGCUUUUUAAACCCGAAAACCUUGGACUGGCAGGAAAGGAAAUGGCUUGGGGAAUUGGGUAUGAGUGAAAAUUUCUGUAUUUUCCACUUAACCUGUGUUCAUAAACCUCUUGGUUUAAGAGGGGUUGCAACAAGAGUGGGCUGGUGGGCUGUUAACUGCUCUGAGGGACCCCAGGCAGCUCCCUCGACCACUGCUUCAGGGCGAUUCUUUUGGCUGCAAAUGGCAGGGUCUGACUGCCUAGAUUAAGCCCAAAGGGAAGGUUUGGGUAAGGAAAAUACUGAGGGGUCUUGGUAAAUCCAAGAAGUGAACCAGCCAGUCUCAGGAAGGCAGAAGUCAGGCUACUCUGGUCCUCCUGCCUUGGGGAUAUGGGGUCUUCCCUCCAUCUCUGCGACUGAGGUGAAGCUGACAGCUCCUGGCAUGGGCUCCAGGUUCCAAGUUUCCAGGAGAAAGAAUCUGAUUGGUACUUUAGCCCGGCACCUGCCCUGCCAGACAGGAAGGGGCAGUAUUCACAGAAUGAGAAAUUGUGAGCCAGGCAGUCAUACCGGACAGCAGCUACCAAAUUGAAUUCUGCAACUCCCUACUUUAAAAAAUUUAUACUAAAAAUAUGUAAUAUAUUCAUAUGGUCUAAAAUUCAAAAUUUACGAAAGGGUGUAGUGAGGUCUCUUUCCCUUCCAUCCCUGUACUUUCUGUCCCAACAUGUAAUGAGUGUUUAUACACAAAUGUUAGCUUAUUAGACACCUGUUCUGCCCCUUGUUUUUUGGAGCUUAUUCCAAAUCAGUGCCAAAAGAGCUUCCUUAUUCUUCAUUAUAGCUGCAUAGUAUUCUACUGCCUGGAGCUACUGAUUUCUUUAACUAGUCCCCUGCGGCUGGCCAUUUAGUUUAUUUCCAAUUCCACUUCCCUAAUGUUAAGGGCUAUAGUGAGUAAACACAGUACUUUCUACAGAAAAACUCAGGAGGAUGCAAAACCAUGGGUGUGAGCUGAACCUGGCUUAUGUAAGGUAUUUUGUUUGGUCUGCACCUAAGUUUUUAAAAAUUUUCUGAAUUAGGUGGCAAUAUUUUAAGACAGGCGAUUCAACUUAAAAAUCCAAAUUUCUAGCUCCUCUUGAAAAACACACUAAGAUUUGGCCAUACCUGCCUGUGAGGGGAAAAGGGAGGCAUGCCCGCUGCAUCUUGCCACAGUGCCCACUGCUUUAUGUUGUCUCACCUGUUCUGUCCACUCCACCCAGUUGUCACCCGCUCAUGCCUUCCUGUAUGUGUCUGACUUUGUGAUUCUUGAUAGAAAUCCUGGCAUGAAGGGAGGAAUCAGCUGCACUUCACAGUGGUAUCCUAAAAGCAGUGGUGUGGCAAGUUGAAGUGUCAGAGCUCUAUGAAGGAUCGACUCAAGGAAAGACUGGGAACCUGCUAUUCAUUCAUUAGCAAAUAUUUACUGAGCCUUCAAUGAAUAUGAAAGACAGUCAUGCCCCCACAGCAUAUGUACAUAAGUAUCUGAGCAGAAGGCAGAAGGGAACUCCAAGCAGUGCUGGCCAGGCCCUGCUUUCAGGGGCAGGGAAGGACAUGUGC